GGAUUUCAUUUGAAUUCCAUUUUGAUUAGACACACACAAACACACACACACUCGAAAAUAGUUCGAAUAAAUCCCCGAGUCAGCAUGUGGAACUACGGAGAGUGCCGGGCACCGGGAUUGCCGCAGGAGGAGAGCGAAAUACUGACCAGCGGACCUGAACCAACGUGCACCGGCGGUGAGGAGGAGGAACAGCGGGAUCUGGACGCCCUCUACGACGAACUGGAGGCCUUUAAGCAGCGUCUCUGGGUGCUGCGCAGCAAGCUGGUGACCAGCCCCAAAGAUCAGUGCGAAGCGCAGGCAGCGCUAGCGGACACGGACGAGUCGUUUUUUACCGCACAGAGCCGUCAGUUGGUAGCCCUGCGCCGCCAGAACUGCGUGCUACGGUGCCAGCUCCAAUUGAUGGCCGCACACCUGAACGACAGCCGCAAGGAGCUGAAGGAGGUGGAUGGGUGGCGCUGCCUGCUCGCCACACGCAUUCAGCGGAUGCGCCGAGAGUUGGACAUCUUCGAGGAGUUCAAGUUGCAGGCCAUCCACCACUUUGGGCUGUGCAUCGAGCGCUGGGAGCAGCACAAGGCGUGCAAGAUGGACAACAUUGUGUACCAGCAGCGGAUGCGGCUGCUCAUCCAGCACAUCGAUGGCAGGCGGGUGCAGCUGGUCCCGAUACAUUGCCACCGCCAGACUUGCCAGCAGUUUCGCACCGAGAUCAUACAAACUCGCAUCUUCCUGCUCAAUCUGUUCGAGAGCAUGCUCAACCACUUCAGUUUCUUCAACCGGCAGUUUAGCGUCAAGACCUACUUUGUAGAGACUGACAUCCAAAAGUCAAUCAUCUCCAACGCCCCCUCCUCCCCACCCAACUCAAUACGCUCUGAGUUUCGCGAUUCAAGUGAGAUUUGAGUGGUCCUCCCUUCACCCUUCACCCUCCUCUCUCAACUCUUAACUUUUGGCAAUUAAUGUUGAUUUUUAUUCUCCAAAUUUACGGGGGGAUGUGGCAGUGUUGGGUGGGGUAGGGUCUGUUUGUAAUUGCUUUGGAACUGUCGCCCAAUUAGGGUUAUUGACGUUUUGCGGCCUUAAUGGCCCCUUUGUGGCCCAUUCCCGUUUCUGUUUGCCCAUAAUACUCGUACAAUAAUUACCAAAAUUUCAACUCUGCGAAAAGUGCCUUAAAGUGGGGAUAUCAUGGACACUCGAGGCUUCCUAAUCCGACUUUCGACGCCCAUCCAAAUGUGCACGCAUUCCCACCAGGAUAAGAUGGCAAGCGGCUAAAAAGGAAACGGCAUCAGAUAAAACAAAAGCAGAUUUGUUUUUCCUUUACCCCCCGUACAAAGAAACAAAAAAAAAGGAACCAAAUCCCCGCCACAGAAAGAGACAUACAUAGAGAGGAAGUUGAGCUGACAGCCGGGAGCUAAGCGCCGGCAGGAAUGGCUGAAAUCCUUAUCCUGCUCCGGCUCCACUUCUCGUGGUCCUCCUU